CCUCGCCGACGCGCUGCCGAGGACCCCGCCCGGUGCGGCCCGCGCCGAGCCCUGUCAGCUCGAGCAGCGCGGGGGCGGCGGCGGCGGAAGCAUGGAGGGUGAGAGCACGUCGGCGGUGCUCUCUGGCUUUGUGCUGGGCGCGCUCGUCUUCCAGCACCUCAACACCGACUCGGACACGGAAGGUUUUCUCCUUGGGGAAGUGAAAGGUGAAGCGAAGAACAACAUAACUGAUUCUCAAAUGGAUGAUUUUGAAGUUAUUUAUACAAUUGACAUUCAGAAGUACGUUUCAUGCUAUCAGCUUUUUAGCUUUUAUAAUUCUUCUGGUGAAGUAAAUGAGCGAGCGCUGAAGAAAAUAUUAUCAAGUGUCAAAAAGGAUGUGGUUGGUUGGUAUAAAUUCCGACGUCAUUCAGACCAGAUCAUGACAUUCAGAGAGAGACUGCUUCACAAAAACUUACAGCAGCAUCUUUCAAGCCAGGAACUUGUUUUUCUGUUAUUAACACCGAGUAUAAUAACAGAAAGCUGCUCUACUCAUCGGCUGGAGCAUGCCUUAUACAAACCUCAGAAAGGGCUUUUUCAUAGGAUACCUUUAGUGGUGGCCAAUUUGGGCAUGUCUGAACAACUGGGUUAUAAAACUGUAUCUGAUUCCUGUAUGUCCACUGGUUUUAGUCGAGCAGUAAAAACACACAGCUCUAAAUUUUUUAAAGAAGAUGGAUCUUUAAAGGAGGUACAUAAGAUAAAUGAACUGUAUGCUUCUUUACAAGAGGAAUUAAAGAGUACAUGCAGUAAAGUAGAACACAGUGAGAGAGCAGUAGAGAAACUACUAAAGGAUAUAAACAGAUUAAAACGAGAAAUUAAAAAAAGAAAGCAAGCACAGAUUCAAGCAACACGAGAGAAGAAUGUCCAGAAAGACCCUCAGGAGAACAUUUUUCUUUGUCAAGCCUUACAGACCUUUUUUCCCGAUUGUGAAUUUCUUCAUUCAUGUGUUAUCUCCUUGAAAAAUAGACAUAUUUCUAAAAGUAGCUGUAAUACCAACCACCAUCUCAAUGUGGUAGACAACCUGACCCUAAUGGUGGAAUAUACUGACAUUCCUGAAGCUAGUCCAGCUGGUAGUGCGCUGCAAAUGAUUAAGCGUAAAGCUUCAGGUACAGAUGGUGGAUGGCAAUUCAAGAAGUCACGGCUGUUAGAGAUACAGAACCAACCAUCUAAAACAGAUACUGAUAGUAGUAACCAAGAAAAGGCAUCCACAGUGAGCAGCCCAGAAACAGAUGAAGAGAUUGAGAAAAUGAACGGUUCUGGUGAAUACCCACAGUCUCCUACCUUUUGAUUCUUUUAGGCCGAAAGGAGAUUUUUCAUCAGAAGAAGGGUAAAGCCAAACAUGCCUAUUGUUUUUACUAUGUUCAGCUCUUUGCAAUAACACAUAGGUAAGUUCUAGUUCAUUUAUUUUAUAAAGUACUUUAAAUUGAGUCAGUUCAGAAUUUGAGUACAGAACAAAGCCUGGUAAUGCAAUGUUUGGGAUCAGCAGUUGGUUAGUUAGGUGAAAAGGCCAGUUAAGUGGGACUCAAAUGAUACAUAAAUAAGGUGUCUAUCAGAGAUUUCACUUUAACAUAAAGCAGAAGUGUACAUUCGUCAAACUUUUGUUGCAGGGCCAGGAACUUUUUUACGAAUGUGUUGGAGUUCCUAUGUAAAUCAAACCCAUUACUUACCCUAUCUAAUCCCCAAUUUUAGUUUCUUUAAAGAAAUUUGCAAAGCAACCUAAGUACAAAAUGCUACUAGGUUUUUUCAUUUUCCAUUCCCAAUCUUAUUUGUCCUAACCACACCUAAUUUGACAACUAUUUUUUUUAAAAAGCUAGUUAUCUUUAUCAAGUCUUCUCAGAGCCUUUACUUGGUUUUCACUGCAACUGAAACUUUAUUUUUAAUGCUCAUAUUCAUCACUACAAAAAUACAACUGAUAAGGUCUGGGAACAAAAUAGAUGACUCUUGGUAAUGUAGAACUCAACAGGUUAAGAGUCAUGGGCUUCCGUGUGAUUUUUAAGGAGGAUGUAAAGCCCCUGUUUAAUCCAGUGAGUUGGUUAAGUGGAGGUUGGUUAAGAGAGCUUUUACUGUUUGUUUUUUCUAUUUAUCCUUUCCAUAACAGAAUUUCCCAUAAAGCAUACACAUCACAUGACGCCUUCAUGCUUUACUCACUGGGUGAAAUGCUGAACCCACAUGUUGACCACUGCUCUUCCAUCACUUAUUUCCUAAAUGAUAGAGCAAAUUCAUAGCUAGUAUCAAAAACUAUCAUCUUUUAUCUGUGUGUUAACAUGCAUUAGUUACCAUGGGGUGUUUAUGAAGCCCACAUAAUACCAGGGAUGAUUUGUGCAAAUAAUGAGUUGCUGUUGGGAUUGCUUUACUAGUUACAUAAGAAGCACAGGGCAGGAGAGGAAAUGGGGUUCAUUCUGAACCCUAAUGUUAAAAUAAUUAAGUUUGAUGUCCCAACUUUCAGGGUACUAAAUGAAAAGGAGGAAAAGAAUCCUUGUAGGACAUUUUUUCUCAGUUAUUCUCCAUCUUUUGGCAAUCAGUUUGUAUCACUGGAGUAAGAGAAGAUGAUACAACAGAUUGCCUAUGGAUCGGUUUAUUUACAGGACACUACCAGUUCAUGAUAGACUAGUCCAGGAGUAAGUGUUAGGUCCUGUGACAGACAGCACCACUGUUCAUCCCCACAUAACAUCUCUACAGAGGGAAGACCCAUAGUCCUAGCCAGGCAUAAUUAUUUACGUGUUAGAAAAUCUUCCUUAGCAAUUUCAAAUCCACACCCUAUCAUGUGGGAUUUGUACAUUAUAUAAGCAUUCCACUUUCCCGCACCCAUAUCCCUACAAUACUAUUUACAACACAGAAUCUGGGCCUAAAGUAAAAUCCCAAUACACGUCAUCCCUUCCAUGUUUAACAUCUCAUUAUCAGUGGUAUGCUGUAUGAGCUAUUUAGGGGCCAGAUAUAAGUGAAAAUCCCAUAGUACCUUUUUUUAAUUCAUAUGUAUGUAAAAUAUAACAAGUAUUAACAUUUUAAAUAAUCUGAUUUACUUAAUGAACAUUCUGAUAUGGAGAGGAAACUUCACACUUGAAACACUUUUUCCUCAUAUAAUUUCAAAUUAUUAAGAAUUAAAAACAUAAUACUUUAUAGUUUGAUAAGAUUUAGCCUAUCAGUUCUCUAUUCAAAGGUUAUUAAAUCUUACAGUUUGAGCCAGUAUUAAUACCACACAACUAUAAAAUAAAUUUAUUGAUGAUAACUUUAUAGAAUUUAUUCCCUGUAUUUGAUGUUACAAACUUUAGGGUCUUUGAGAUAUGCAGGAUCCUUGUAUGUAACUGGCAUAAACCCUGUAAAGAGAUAAUGAAAGUUCUUCACAAAAGAUAAUGAGCAAAAUUUUGGUUAGCAUAAUUCAGUUUUUCAGAUGCUCUUACCCAUUAUUUGAGCUCUCUUAAUUGCUUUUGUGAUUUCUUUUUGUUUCUUCCCACAAAGACCUAUAAAAGAAAUUGCUUUCUUAUUCGUAAAAAAUGCCAGUAAUCAAAAUGCAUAACAAAUGUCUAUGUCAUGGAAGGAUUGGAAAACCUGUAAACAGCCAGAUAGUAACUAUCUUAGGCUUUGUGGGCCAUACAGUCUCUAUCAUCAUUACUCAAUUCUGCUGUUGUAGCUCAGACACUAUGGAAACUAAGCUAUCUACAAAAACAAGUGGCAGAUCCGAUUUGGCCUAUAGGCAACAGGCCCCUGGUUUAAAUAAUAGCCUGGGGAUGAUUAUAGUAUACUCCCAAACAGCAAAGCAAUUUUUUUUAAGCCCAAGUUUUCUACAUAUUGUCAGCCUAUAGUUAACUGAGUAUAAGAAGACAUGCAAAAUAAUUAUCCUUUGGCCUAAGAAGAGGCUUUCUCAAACUAGCCAUAGUAACUGGUGUCAUAGUAAUUUGUAGCACUAUUUGAAAAUCUGCCAGUUUCCUUAAAUAACAGAAGUAGCUUUAUAUAAGUUCUUACCUACAUUUAAGUUGCUAUAAUAUAUAGAAAACAAAAUACCUGUUAUGUGCCUUCCAUAAAUGCAUCCAGUAAAUGGAGAAAUAAACUGGGAUAAAAGCUGUUUUGAGUUAUAUUUGAAAAGGAAAAAAAUUUACAUUAAUACACUUGUUAUUCAAUCUUGAAUGGUAAAUUAAAAAAAAACCUUAUGCCACACCUUCAAGUUAUGUAAAGGUUUAUUAAUACAUUUCAGACAAACUUCAAAAAUAUGAAUAAAAACACUGAAUUAUGUUCAUUCUAUUAAUAGGUCAUCUUUUUAAAUAACUAAAGUAAUCACUAAAGUUGACAUCUCUUAUCCAGUGUGUCAAAAAGUCUAUACAACGGAUUAAUGAGCGUAUUCUUUCAGUGCUAAAGCUGUUCUCUUGACUUUUCCACAGAUAACUUUUCUCAAAUACUGUUGCUUUUAUAACAAGGUACAAAACACUUCAUCUAUCAUGAUAGGCUAUCACAUAAUAUCAGACUACAAUGAGGUCUUCAAGAUGCACAGGUACAUCAGGCCGUUUGCUGUUAUUUAGGUUUUAUUAAUUUAAAUUCUUUAGCACUUUCUAUGUACCAGGCAUCAUUCUAGGCACUAUGCAUAAUCCUAAUAUGUUGCAUUUUAAAAUUCCUUGGCUUUUCUCCCACCAAGGCAGCUAUCACUUUAUACUACUGUCAGUAUACUUAGCUCCAGCACCAUUCUCUCCCCUAAAUUUGCCACUUUUAAUUUGCUGAGUGCUCGACAACAGAUAAAAUUACAUUUGAAAUAGCGAUAUUGGUGGUGAGGUACAGAGAUCAACUUCACCAGAGGAGCUUUUCCCAAACUACUGAACUCCACCAACUGAGAAUCACUGCCACAGCGAGCUACUGUAAAGACAUUUUGGGCAAAGAAAAAAGAGGAAUGCUAAGCUGAAUUAACAGUAAAUGAGGGACAGCCAAGGGGCUCUUAUUUGAAUAAAAGAGAUGCCUUGUAUCAAUACGUAGAAGUAUAACGAGAUCUGAAAUUAUGCAGUCGCUAAAACAGUCACCCUACACAAAGCCUGUUAUAAAAACUGACUUGCUUCUCUAUUGUAUUAAUAAAGGAGCCAAAAUCCCAAAAUCAAGUAUCAUAGUGAAGUAAAACCAGAUCUCACCUGUACAUUCUUAUAAUCUACACGUUUUCCACACAAGAUACAUUUUUUCAGAGGCUCCUUAUAAGGAUUUUCCAUUGGAACAGGCUAAAGGAAAAAAAUAUAUGAUAAUAUAGUUUGUAUUAACUUUGAAUCGAAAAAACGUAAAAUCUUAGGUUACCACAUUUAAAUCUCUCCAAGGGAUUAGUUGUACCUUUUUACUGUGAAAGAGAAUACAACAGCUAGGCUUGUAAAGGAAAAAUCGAGUAUUUCAGAAAAAGAUUCACUAUUUUAAAGGUUUCAGUGUACUCAAACAUAUUUUGUGCAAGUGUCUUGUUUAAGUUUGGCUAAGGAGGAAUUAAGUCAUGGAGGAGGAUUCUGGGAUAAAAUACAAUCUUUGGAGAAAAAAGGGCUUAUGGGAGGGGGAAAAAAAUUCAAAUCUUCGAUAAAUGAUUCUCUCCUCAAAUGCUUUGUCCAGACUGUAGGUGACUAAAAACUCUCAGAUUUAAAUCAAGAAAAACUUAAGCACAACAGAUACCAUAUGCAAUUCUUAAAUUAUAAUCCCUAAAUCCAUCCCCAUAUUUCUUCAGAUGUUUUAUCACUAUUUCUCUUGUAAAAAGACAAUGCAGGACUUCCCUGGUGGCACAGUGGUUAAGAAUCCGCCUGCCAAUGCAGGGGACACGGAUUCGAGCCCUGGUCCAGGAAAGAGCCCACAUGCCGUGGAGCAACUACCCCGUGCGCCACAACUACUGAGCCUGCGAGCCACAAUUACUGAGCCCGCGUGCCCGUGCUCCGCAACAAGAGAAGCCACCGCAAUGAGAAGCCCGCACACCGCAACGAAGAGUAGACCCCGCUUGCAGCAACUACAGAAAGCCUGCGUGCAACAACAAAAAAAGCCAACGCAGCCAAAAAUAAUAAAUAAAUUAAGAUAAAAAAAGACAAGGCUUAGCGUAAUACUAUCAGGUUCUUUGACUACAAUUUUAUGGCCCCAGACUGUUUUGUAAGUUUCUGUCAGCAUUUUUCGUUUUUCUUUGUUCACUACUGCCUCUAAUGCUUCUAUCACAAAGGCCUCCCUCCUAAAAUCAGUUUAGGUGUCUCCAGUAUAGAUUCUUAAUGUAGAAAUGGCUAUGGAAGUCCCUGAACCGCUGUAGUUGUAUGCAAAUUUUCAAAUAAAUGGGACUGUGUGCCUUUUUCUGGGAGAGCCCAUAGCUUUCAUUAGUCUUAGUGGGUUUAAUGACCUAAAGAGGAGCUCUAGUAAUUUCCUUUACUCUCUUGACUAUGGUGUGAAUUAGAUGACCGAGAUGGACGCUCAGAGGGACCAGAGGGGUUCUUCUGUUUUUUUCCAACUCCUCAAAUGUUCUUAAUCCAAUUUACAUUCAGCUUACCUGUAAUGACUGUGUUCCUUCUCUACACUGUGCAAAGUGCUUUAUAUGGUCUGAUUAGUGUCAAAUUAUCUUUGCAUGUAGCAAGAAAACCUAUACUGCCCAAGCCCAAUGAUAGUACUUGAAACCCAUAAAAAUACAUCUACAGUUUAGAAGAGACUGUACUUAAUGUCCUGGUAUAAAACUUUAAUUUUGAUCCCGCAUUGAUUAAAGCAGCCGCCACCCAGCCAAAGUGAUGAAUAGGAGGAAGACAGAAUUGAAUUUGAAAUGAGGAAGAGAGCCAAGGUAUAUGUAAACUUUGUACAAUCCCUUUGUUAGGUUUUCUGCAAUUACUGCAUGCACCAAAACUACCUUUUUAAAUUCCCAAAGCACAUAUCUAGGAAGCAAAAUAUGGUGUUACAGAAGCCA